UCUGGGUUAUUAGCUAGCCACGCUUUUAUGGUGUUGUGUUGUGUUGUGCCCAUCAACAUCCACUAAGCAAGAUAAGAGCUUUUUCAUCUGAUGCUUUUGCCACACACCCAAAACACUUUGAUGGCAUCACAUUCGCUGCGAUUCUUAUCAUUCACCCGAAGGGCCUUUUCUUCUUCUCAUGGUGGGGUCUCCAUGGUUCAAGGAGCUUCCAAAGGAAUUGGCCUUGAAUUUGUAAAACAGCUGCUAGAGAAUGAUAAAGGGCAUGUUAUUGCUACAUGCCGUAAUCCUAGUGCGUCAACUGGGCUUAUCCAUCUGAAAGAUAAAUUUGCGGAUCGUCUUGGAAUUUUGCAGUUGGAUUUGACUGUUGAAAGUUCAAUUGAGGCAUCUGCAUUGUCAAUAAAAGAGAGAUAUGGCCAUCUAAACCUUCUCAUUAAUGCGUCUGGCAUUCUUUCAAUACCUGAAGUAUUGCAACCAGAAACAACAUUGAACAAAUUGGAGAAGUCAUCUUUAAUGCUUGCAUAUGAGGUUAAUGCCGUGGGUCCUAUCUUAGUUAUCAAGCACAUGUGGCCUCUUCUAAAAGCUGGGGGCGGCUCUGGGACUGAAAGAAGUGCUGCAGUUGUGGCUAGUUUGAGUGCAAGGGUUGGAUCUAUUGGGGACAAUAGUCUUGGGGGUUGGCACUCUUAUCGAUCUUCAAAGGCUGCUCUUAAUCAAUUAUCAAAGACUGUCUCCGUGGAGUUUACAAGAAAGAAGGAUCCAAUUAUCUGCAUUUUAUUGCAUCCUGGUACAGUUGACACAGAUCUCUCUAAGCCAUUUCAAAGAAAUAUUCCCCAAGACAAGCUCUUCAGCAAAGAGUUCUCAGUCCAAAAGCUGCUAAGCAUCAUUAACAAUGUGAAGAGCCAUGACAAUGGCAAGUUCUUUGCCUGGGAUGGUCAAGAAAUUCCUUGGUAACCCUGUCAUAUUUUUGUCAAACAACAUGAUAUGUAAGAAUAAUGUCAAUGAUAACUGUCAAGAAAAAAAUGACUAGAAAAUUGUAUUUCAUAAAAUUCAUUGAUUCAUUUAUAGUUAUUGAAGAUCUAGGAAGCAUAAGUACUUUAAAAUGUUUGCCGUACCGUGUUGGGACGUAUUUCAUACUCAUAUACUUGAUAAACAUUAGUUUGUAUUGCAUUUG